UUGCUUGCAGCCUAAGUAAGCAAACGAAUUGCAAGUCAGUUGCACUUAAAUUAAUAAUAAUAAGAGGGGACUUUUGGUUAAGUUUUAUUAAAAAAACUAAAAAACAGAAUUAUAUAUUUACAUAUAUAUAUGACGAGUUCGUGUGAUGCUGUGCAUAGAGAAGUGAUAUUUUAUAUAGAAAAACCAUUUUGAGUGAAAGAAUUUAUGUGAAUUUAAUCCUUUGAGAAAAGGAUAAAGACAAUUUCAUAGAAUAACAAAACAAAUAGAAGAAUUUUGGAUUAACAGUGUUUAGAAAUGAAAGUGCUUUUAUUACUGACGCUACUGGCGGUGACAUAUGGCGCUCGUUUAGACAACAAAUAUUUACCGCCACCUGCCAGUGCGGCCUCUGCAGGCGGUGGGCCUGGUUUGCAAGGUCCAGGCGGUUUCACUGGUGCCGGUGGUCCUGGCAGACCAUUUGGUCAACCAAAUAAUGGUUUGGGUGGUUUUUCAGGUGCUGGCGGACCUUCAAGACCAAUUGGUCCACCAAGCGGUGGUUUUGGUGGUCGUCCUGCUCCUGGGCCUUCCCAACCUUCAGGUCCACAAAUUCCAAUUCUCUCAUAUGUUAAUGAAAAUGACGGUGACGGAAAUUAUCGCUUUAGCUAUGAAACUGGUAAUGGUAUUAAGGCACAGGAAGAGGGUACUAUUAAAAAUAAGGGCUCACAGAAUGAAGUUGCCUCAGUUGCUGGUUCAUAUUCCUACACUAAUCCAGAAGGUGAACUAGUUGAAAUUACUUAUACUGCUGAUGAGAAUGGGUUUCAGCCUUCAGGCGACGCUUUACCAACACCCCCACCAAUCCCAGAAGCUAUUGCUAAAGCAUUAGCAGCACAAGGUAUCUCACAGGCACCUGGCGGUGGUUUUGUUGGUGGACCUGGUGCUAGUGGACCUGGCGGUUAUGGCGGAGCUGGAGGUUACGGCGGAGGUGCUGGAGGUGGUGGAUAUGGUGGUGGAGCUGGAGGUCCUGGUGCACCUGGACGUGGAGGUGCCGGUGGAUUCGGUGGUGGUGCUGGAGGUGGCGCUGGUGCUGGCGGCUAUGGUGGUGGUGCAGGUCCUGGUGGUUAUGGUGGUGGCGCUGGAGGACCUGGUCGUGGAGGUGCUGGUGGUUUUGGUGGUGGCGCUGGAGCUGGAGCUGGAGGCUAUGGUGGUGGUGCUGGAGGGCCUGGCGCACCUGGUCGUGGAGGUGCUGGUGGUUUUGGUGGUGGCGCUGGUGCUGGUGCUGGCGGUUAUGGAGGUGGAGCCGGAGGUCCUGGUGCUCCAGGUCAUGGAGGUGCUGGUGGUUUUGGUGGUGGUGCUGGUGGCGCUGGAGGUUAUGGUGGUGGUGCAGGUGGUCCUGGAGCACCCGGUAGAGGAGGUGCGGGUGGUUUUGGAGGACAGGGUGGCCCUGGCGGAUUUGGAGGUGGAGCCGGUGGUCCUGGCGCACCUGGUCGUGGAGGUGCUGGAGGUUAUGGUGGCGGUGCAGGUGGUGGAGCUGGAGGCGCUGGUGGAGCUGGAGGUUAUGGUGGUGGUCCCGGUGGCCCUGGAGCACCCGGUAAAGGAGGAGCGGGUGGUUUUGGAGGACAUGGUGGUGCUGGAGGAUUUGGAGGUGGAGCUGGUGGUCCUGGCGCACCUGGUCGUGGUGGUGCUGGUGGUUUCGGUGGAGCUGGAGGUGGUCCUGAAGCACCUGGUCGUGGUGGUGCUGGCGGUUUCGGUGGAGCUGGAGGAGGUGCUGGUGGCGCUGGUGGGCCCGGUACGCAAUAUAUUCCCCCAGCCGCCGGUCGGCCUGGAAAUGGUGAAUUUAAUCCUCAAACAGGAUACAAUUAUUAGAUUCAUGGAUGUAGAAUUUAUUGCACUUCUAAACACAAUCUCCUUGAACACUGUCUCUCUGAAACAUCAUCUGCCGAAAAUACUCGUAGAACUAAGAUGUAUUCUUUUGUAACUUUUUAUCAUUUUUAAUAUUUAUUUGAUAUUUUUAAUGCUUGCCAUGUCUAACCUCUUUCGAAUCAUUAAAUUAUUUAGAUUAAUUUUUUAAAGAAAAUCCUAUAAAAAGGAUUUUAGUUUUUUAAGUAAUUUCCAAGUGUUUGUGAAC